UUUUGCUUAAUAAUUUACAUAAUCUAAUAAAUUUUACUGAACAUAACCAUGCUCCCCAAGCUGGCCAUCUUGAGACCAUAAAAGCUAUUACUGAGUUUAAACGGCAUGCCUCUGAAGGCCAUGAAAAGCCAGUAUAG